ACAACUCCCGGCAUGCCUUGCGCGCUCAUUUUCACACAUUGUAUGAAUAUGGCUGGGUGAAGAAGGGUGUCUUCAUAAAGCUAAACCUAUCUAAACCAGGACCGUGCUCAACUGGCACUCUCAGCAAAUGAACACAACCCUGCAUGGCCUUGCCUUGCUCAGUGGAGCUAACUGGAUUUUACUGUAAGGAGAAUCCAGGAAGCAGGAGCUGCAGGUGCCAAGCAAGACCCAGAGCCCCCUGACAAAAAAUGCUUCCAGCAGCUGCAGAAUAUAAAUACCUUUGGGAAAUAAGUUCUGGAAAAGUGUCUGGCGGAGCAACUGUGCGAACGUUUGGCAGACUUAACAGUUAUGAUAUGGCUAACUCGGAAGCCAUACUUGCAGUACAACACGCUUCUACCCAGCACCAGCUACAAGUGCGCACAACUCUUGUAGAGCCCUUUUCUGCCCACUUAGGAUCAUAUUACAUGGCAUUGGGGGAAUUGGAGUCCGAUGCCAGUCCCAUACUGUGUGCGCGCUUGUUGGUUUGCAUUGAUGGUGCUGACCUUUCUCUUCUCCAGCAAGCAGUGGAAGAACAGAGAAGUUAUCUUCAAGGAAGACAUGAAGACACUGGUGGGAGAUGACAAAUGCCCAAAUCAUUUAUGUAUUACUUGUCUAUACACUGAAGCUGCUUUUAAAUAUGUGCAGCUUAAAUAUAAAUGUGCAGUCCUCCUCUAAUACAUACUCCAGACUGUGCACUUUAUCUUGUGAGGCCAUAAACCCAGAUUCGGAGUAGACUAUUUUGUGUUUUCUCUAAAUAACAAUUAA